UGAGCCAAAAAUUUUAGAAACAACAGAAAACAAGCAGCGAUUGGGCGAGUUUGGCCUUAAAAAUGCUGUGGUAAUAAAACACUGACACCAGCUUAAAAGAAAAGCUAAAACAAUUCCACCACCUGGAAUCUCGUCACUUGUUGUGAGUGACUUCACAUUCCCCCCAAUUUCUCCGAUCCAACGCAAACCCUAACCCCACACACACACUCGCACACUAUAGUGAUUCCUGUCGCCUUCAAUUGUUAAGACUUUAGGCCACCCACUUCUCUCUCUAACUUGUUUCUCUCACUAUAUACGUAUACAAUUCCAACAAAAAUAUAUAAAUUAAUUAGGGUUUUUGUACCUUUUUGGUUUAUUCAAAUGAAUAAUCUACAACCACCACCUCCUCCACCUGUUGCUGUUAAAGACUCUGAAGAGGAGUCUUCUUCUGCUAUUACUACUACGAAUUCUCUCGAAGCUUCUAAUAAGGUUCAGGACAAACCUGAUACUGGUGAAGACGAUCACCCGAGGGCUGCAAUCGUGGCGACUGAGAAGGAGGUUUCUUCUGUCGACAACGACGAUCCCAUGGAGGAGGAUUCUGUGAAUCCUGCUACCGUUUUUUGCAUUAGGCUUAAACAACCUAGGUCCAAUUUGCUUCAUAAAAUGAGUGUUCCUGAACUUUGCCGCAAUUUCAGGUAUAGUGCUUGUGCACAUUAUUAUACACUUAUACUUGUCGUUAUAAGAAUGUUUUUUCCUUUCAAUGCUGCUAUGAUGGAGUGUUCUACAGAUUCCCCUCGUGAUUCUGUCCAAUUCAUUGAAUGGUCUCCUACUUCUUGUCCGCGUGCGCUGCUCAUAGCUAACUUUCAUGGGAGAAUAACAAUCUGGACUCAGACUUCUCAAGGUCCAGCUAAUCUGGUACGAGAUGCCAGUUGUUGGCAGCGAGAGUAUGAAUGGCGUCAAGAUAUUGCAGUUGUUACAAAGUGGUUAUCAGGAGUUUCUCCGUAUAGGUGGCUUUCAACAAGAACUGGUGGUUCCGCUAAGUCAACAUUUGAGGAGAAAUUCCUUUCACAGCAACCACAAUCUCCAGCUGGAUGGCCGAAUUUUCUGUGUGUAUGCUCUGUCUUCUCAUCAGGGUCUGUUCAGCUCCAUUGGUCUCAAUGGCCGCCUAAUCAGAAUGGUACACCAUCAAAAUGGUUUUGCACAAGCAAAGGGCUAUUGGGAGCGGGUCCUAGUGGCAUCAUGGCUGCUGAUGCUAUCAUAACAGACUCUGGAGCAAUGCAUGUUGCUGGAGUUCCCAUUGUCAAUCCAUCAACUGUUGUCGUCUGGGAGGUGACACCUGGCCCUGGUAAUGGAUUUCAAGCAACUCCAAAGACAAGUGUGAGCAAUGGGAUUCCACCGUCCCUUAAUCCACCUUCUUGGGAUGGAUUUGCCCCUUUGGCUGCAUAUUUGUUUAGCUGGCAGGAGUAUUUAUUACAAGAGGCUAAGCAAGGCAAAAAACUAACGGAGCAACAUUACAAUGACAUGGUCGCACUUCAUUGUUCACCAGUUUCCAACUUUUCUGCAUAUGUUAGUCCUGAAGCAGCAGCUCAAUCCACAGCUACCACGACAUGGGGUUCUGGUGUUACUGCAGUUGCUUUUGAUCCGACCCGUGGUGGUUCUGUUGUAGCUGUUGUGAUUGUUGAGGGUCAGUACAUGUCGCCUUAUGAUCCCGAUGAAGGUCCUUCAAUCACAGGAUGGAGGGUUCAACGUUGGGAAUCAUCUGUGGAGGAUGUUGUCCUCCACCAAAUAUUUGGAAAUCCUACAUCCAGCUUUGGUGGCCAGGCGCCAAAACAGACAGUAUGGGUGAGUAAAGUAAUUAAAUGUAUCCCAGCAGGAAAUGAUUUUAAUAGACCCCUAGCAGUGGGAGCAGGACCAGUUUCUGAUGGAAGAAACAUGGCUGACUCUGGUAUGGAGAUGGGAAAGAGGGUCAGUUUUGAUCCCUUUGAUCUUCCAAGUGAUGUUAGAACUCUUGCCCGUAUUGUGUAUUCUGCUCAUGGUGGUGAGAUAGCUGUCGCUUUUCUACGAGGUGGCGUCCAUGUAUUCUCAGGUCCAAGCUUCACCCCUGUUGAUAACUACCAUAUUGAUGUUGGAUCUGCCAUUUCUGCUCCUGCCUUCUCUUCAACAAGUUGCUGCUCAGCUUCUGUUUGGCAUGAUACCAGCAGAGAUUGUACAAUAUUGAAGAUUAUUCGAGUUCUUCCUCCUGCUGUUCCAAGUAAUCAGGUGAAAGCUAACUCUGCGAAUUGGGAACGUGCAAUUGCUGAGAGAUUUUGGUGGAGUCUUUUGGUUGAAGUUGAUUGGUGGGAUGCCGUGGGAUGCACACAAAGCGCUGCGGAGGAUGGUAUUGUUGCUUUGAACAGUGUCAUUGCUGUACUGGAUGCAGAUUUCCAUUCCCUUCCUUCAACUCAGCAUAGACAGCAGUAUGGACCGGUAUGUUUCUUUUAUUUAAAUCUAUCUUCAAGCCUAUCAUUUUCAUAAUGAGGACAUUAUCAUCCUGGUGUAUCAAAUUUGACGGAGGUAUAGGGAGAGAAAGAAGGACUUGCAUAUGGUAGAGGUGUGGAGAUGUUUGGAUGCUAGAGGUGUACCUGU